AUGGAGAUAGUAAAAGCGUUAUAUUUUGAUGGACAGAAGGAUAAAUCACUGACACACAAUAAGAAGGGCGAUAAGUAUUACUAUAAUACCAUUUCAGAGAAGGAGCAUAUAUCCUUGGUAAAAGAGCCAGGUUCCAUUUACCUCGGCCAUUUAGCUUUAUUGUUUGGGGCAGCUAUCCUCAUCAAAGAUGUCAUAUUGGAUUUCUAUAAUAGAAAAGAAAUAUUGAUUGAAUCGUUAAUAGCAGUUGGAUGUGAUGGCACUAACGACAACACAGAAACAAAUGCAGGAAUAAUAAGACUCCUAGAAAUUGCCAUAAAUCGCCCUCUUCAAUGGUUCAUUCCCUUACGUCACCUUUUAAUCCAACUUAAUGGUGUUAUUCAAGGUCCAAAAGCUUUCUCUGGUGCCAUUGAAAAAUCAAUAUAA